AUGAUGAAGAAAGAAAACGGAGAUCACGAGGGCACGAUGCGCGUGCUUGAGAUCCACCUUAUCUCCGCCCAGGGCCUCAAAGCCCCCGCCGGUACCUUGCGCCGCAUGCAGACCUACGCACUCGCCUGGGUCGACUCGGCCCACAAGCUCCGAUCCCGGGUCGACAAGAUCGGAGCCUCGAACCCAACCUGGAACGACCGGUUCCUCUUCAAGGUUCCGCCGGGCUUCCUUUCCAGCGAGACCUCCGCCGUCUCCGUCCAGAUCUACGCCGUCGGUACCUUCCGCGAUCACCUCGUCGGCUCCGUCCGAUUUCUGAUCAACAAUUUUCUUGACGUCCACUCCAAGAUGCCGUCGUUUACCGCGGUCCAGAUCCGGCGACCUUCUGGAAGGUUCUACGGCGUGUUGAAUGUUGGAGCGAUGGUAAUCGACGGCUCUGAUCUGGCUCCGGCGGUGAACGAGAUGUCGGCGAUCGGAUACCGCGAUCUGAUGGGGAAGGGAGAGAGCUUCGGGCGCAGGCGCCGGCACGGCGACAGCAUGAGGAUCAAGUCGAAGGAUUACUCUGGCGACUCAAAGGAGAAUUCUUGUGCCGAGUCAACGGAGAACUCGGACGCUGGCGAGUCGGUGGCGUCAUCUCCGGCGACGCCAUUGCCGCCUCUGAAGGAGCUGAACGGGGUAGGAGAUUUGGCGGGAACAACAACCAAGGUGUUGAGGACUGCUCCAUCGGACGGCUCUCGUUUCUUGUGCUGCUUGCUGACGCAGAGGAAGAUUCAAUACACUCCGACGGAUCAGAACCCGGAUGGGGUCCACGGCAGAGAAAGGAAUCAGGCAGGCACUAGAGAGUGGCUUAGAAUCUUCUAUUAG